GUUAGGUUUUCCCUGGAUCAGGGUUGUCUCUCUUUAGAAAAUCCCUUCCUUCGUUUCCUGUUAUCUGUGCAUUUCCAGAUAUCUACAUCCCGCUAUGCGUAGCUUCGUUGGUCUUGGGCUGCUCUCUCUGGCAGCAGCCCUUCCAGCACGGCCUUCGGACUCCACUUACGACUACAUCGUUGUUGGAGGAGGAACCAGUGGUCUGGUCGUGGCCAACCGCCUUUCUGAGCAGAAAGAUAUAAACGUUCUCGUCAUCGAAGCCGGUGGCUCGGUAUACAACAACCCCAACGUGACAGACACCAGUGGAUAUGGAAAGGCAUUUGGCACUGAGAUUGACUGGGCCUACUCAACGGUAGACCAGGAAUAUGGUGGAGGACAUACCACGACUAUGCGAGCCGGAAAGGCAAUCGGUGGAACAUCCACCAUCAACGGCAUGGUGUAUCUUCGGGCUCAAACCUCUCAGGUCGACGCAUGGGAAGCCAUAGGUAACAAGGGUUGGAACUGGAGUACCUUGUUCCCUUACUACAAGAAGAGUGAGCAUUUCCAGGUCCCAUCCGUCUAUUCUUCGCUACGAGGAGCCGGUAUUGAAUACACUCCCUCCUACCACGGCUACACUGGACCUUUGAAGGUUGGUUGGGAUUCGGAACAGCUGAACGAUGGGCUUGCCCAGACGUUGAACACCACCUAUCAAAACCUUGCUGCGCCUGUUCCUUACAACAAGGACCCCAAUGGAGGUUAUAUGGUCGGAUACGCACUCUAUCCCAAGACAGUCGACUCCGAGAAGAAUAUCCGCGAGGACGCUGCUCGUGCAUACUACUGGCCCUACCAGAACCGGACCAACCUUCACAUCUUGCCCUACACCAAUGCAAACAAGCUCAUCUGGAAAGAAGGAGAAGAGGCCACCGCGGAUGGCGUCGAGGUCACUUUCGCGAAUGGCACGAUUGGCGUUCUGAAGGCCUCUCGUGAAGUGAUCUUGGCUGCGGGUGCCCUGAAAUCUCCUGUUCUGCUUGAGCUCUCUGGAGUGGGCAAUCCUGCUAUUCUCUCCAAGUACGGUAUCGAGACCAAGAUCAACCUACCAACUGUUGGCGAGAACCUGCAAGAUCAAAUUAACAACGGACUUAAGUAUCAGUCCAAGACGAAUUAUAGCAGACAGACUGACUAUGUCUCGUAUCCAUCUGCCCCCGAGCUGUUUGGGAACUCUACCACUGCUGUCGCCAAUGACGUUCUGCGCAAACUGCCAGCCUAUGCAGCCCAGGUUGCGAAGGCCAAUGGCAACGUCACGAAGGCGAGUGACCUCGAACGCUUCUUCAAGGUUCAAUGGGACCUGAUCUUCAAGUCUCACAUCCCUGUGGCGGAGGUUCUGGUAGAGCCGUCUGGCCUCAUCUACGACAUGGAAUACUGGGCCUCAGUCCCCUUCAGCCGUGGAAGCGUCCACAUCCAAUCUGCGGACCCCUCUGCGACAGCUCGUAUUGACCCGAAAUACUUCAUGCUGGACUUUGACCUUCACGCACAGGCGCAAGUUGCUCGGUUUAUCCGCGAGUUAUUCAAGACGGAACCAUUCGCCCCGAUGGCAGGAGCAGAGACUUCUCCUGGAUACUCCAGUGUCCCUAGCAACGCCACAGACUCAGAGUGGGCUCCCUACCUCAAGGCCAACUAUCGGUCGAACUACCAUCCCAUCAGCACAGCAGCUAUGCUUCCUAAGGAAGCAGGUGGUGUUGUUGAUGAAUCUCUGAAGGUCUAUGGAACCUCCAAUGUGCGCGUGGUUGACGCUUCCGUCCUGCCAAUGCAGGUUAGCGGUCAUCUGUCCAGCACCGUGUACGCGGUGGCCGAACGUGCCGCAGACAUCAUCAAAGGAAAUAUCUAGAGUGUCGUCCAGGAGCAUUUUCCCGGGUGAUUAGAGACGCCCAGGGGUGAUCGUUUUCGUCCUAUCCGCAAUGAGGACCGCAGGCCAGCAGCAUAUGUAAAUAGUCAAACUUCAUGUCCGCUGUGAGAUAAUUUGGUUCUUUCGACCGUUUAGACAACAAAU